AUUGAUGGUACACAAUGUACUGCCACUGGGUACCUUGUAUCAGUGUGGUUGGUGGUACACAAUGUACUGCCACUGGGUGCCUUGUAUCAGUGUGGUUGGUGGUACACAAUGUACUGCCACUGGGUGCCUUGUAUCAGUGUGGUUUGUGGUACACAAUGUACUGCCACUGGGUGCUUUGUAUCAGUGUGGUUGGUGGUACACAAUGUACUGCCACUGGGUGCCUUGUAUCAGUGUGGUUGGUGGUACACUCAAAGCACUGCCAUUGGGUGCCUUGUAUCAGUGUGGUUGAUGGUACACAAUGUACUGCCACUGGGUACCUUGUAUCAGUGUGGUUGGUGGUACACAAUGUGGUUGGUGGUACACAUUGUACUGCCACUGGGUACCUUGUAUCAGUGUGGUUGGUGGUACACAAUGUACUGCCACUGGGUGCUGUGUAUCAGUGUGGUUUGUGGUACACAAUGUACUGCCAUUGGGUGCCUUGUAUCAGUGUGGUUGAUGGUACACAAUGUACUGCCACUGGGUGCCUUGUAUCAGUGUGGUUGGUGGUACACUCAAAGCACUGCCAUUGGGUGCCUUGUAUCAGUGUGGUUGGUGGUACACAAUGUGGUUGAUGGUACACAAUGUACUGCCACUGGGUACCUUGUAUCAGUGUGGCUUAUGGUACACAAUGUACUGCCAGUGGGUACCUUGUAUCAGUGUGGUUGGUGGUACACAAUGUACUGCCACUGGGUACCUUGUAUCAGUGUGAUUGAUGGUACACAAUGUACUGCCACUGGGUACCUUGUAUUAGUGUGGUUGGUGGUACACAAUGUACUGCCACUGGGUGCCGUGUAUCAGUGUGGUUUGUGGUACACAAUGUACUGCCAUUGGGUGCCUUGUAUCAGUGUGGUUGGUGGUACACAAUGUACUGCCACUGGGUGCCUUGUAUCAGUGUGGUUGGUGGUACACAAUGUACUGCCACUGGGUGCCUUGUAUCAGUGUGAUUGAUGGUACACAAUGUACUGCCACUGGGUGCCUUGUAUCAGUGUGGUUGGUGGUACACAAUGUACUGCCACUGGGUGCCUUGUAUCAGUGUGGUUGGUGGUACACUCAAAGCACUGCCAUUGGGUGCCUUGUAUCAGUGUGGUUGUGGUACACAAUGUACUGCCACUGGGUGCCUUGUAUCAGUGUGGUUGGUGGUACACUCAAAGCACUGCCAUUGGGUGCCUUGUAUCAGUGUGGUUGUGGUACACAAUGUACUGCCACUGGGUGCCUUGUAUCAGUGUGGUUGGUGGUACACAAUGUACUGCCAUUGGGUGCCUUGUAUCAGUGUGGUUCGUGGUAUACUCAAAGCACUGCCAUUGGGUGCCUUGUAUCAGUGUGGUUGUGGUACACAAUGUACUGCCACUGGGUACCUUGUAUCAGUGUGGUUGAUGGUACACAAUGUACUGCCAGUGGGUACCUUGUAUCAGUGUGUUGGUGGUACACAAUGUACUGCCACUGGGUGCCUUGUAUCAGUGUGGUUGAUGGUACACAAUGUACUGCCACUGGGUGCCUUGUAUCAGUGUGGUUGGUGGUACACUCAAAGCACUGCCAUUGGGUGCCUUGUAUCAGUGUGGUUGGUCAUACACUCAAUGUACUGCCACUGGGUGCUUUGUAUCAGUGUGGUUGUGGUACACAAUGUACUGCCACUGGGUGCUUUGUAUCAGUGUGGUUGGUGGUACACAAUGUACUGCCAUUGGGUGCAUUGUAUCAGUGUGGUUGGUGGUACACUCAAAGCACUGCCAUUGGGUGCAUUGUAUCAGUGUGGUUGUGGUACACAAUGUACUGCCACUGGGUGCCUUGUAUCAGUGUGGUUGGUGGUACACAAUGUACUGCCACUGGGUGCCUUGUAUCAUGUGGUUGGUGGUACACAAUGUACUGCCACUGGGUGCCUUGUAUCAGUGUGGUUGGUGGUACACAAUGUACUGCCACUGGGUGCCUUGUAUCAGUGUGGUUGGUGGUACACAAUGUACUGCCAUUGGGUGGUACACAAUGUACUGCCACUGGGUGCUUUGUAUCAGUGUGGUUUGUGGUACACUCAAUGCAUUGGCAUAGUACCCAAGUGAUACCAUUGCAUGGUUGGUGCCUUGUAUCAGUGUGGUUGGUGGUACACAAUGUACUGCCUUCUGGUACAGACUGGCAUCCUAUAUUGAGUGACACACAACUAUUCUGGUGAUGAACUAAUAAUUUUGUGUGCAGACUGAAUUGUCACAAAAUACCAAUCACUAAUGUUUGCAUAGAAAAACACAAUCUCGCACAUUUCAUAUCAGAGUCAGAAGUUACAGUGUAGGAUCAAACCCUGAGGACGUAGACAUAAUAAUGGAAGUAGUAAUAAAAGUAUUAUAGUAAGAAGACUCAGAGAAAAGUAGAAGGAAGGAAUAAUAAUAAAUCACUACUAAGAUCAACCAUGUU